UUUCAUCUCAACCGUUCAAGACGCUAUGCACAGAUUACGGAUCAGGAGCUUGACAGCAUGGUCAUUGAUGCUGUCGGUCAAAAUGAUCUAAUUGGACCUGAAUCUGUGAGGGCUCAGUUAAGCUCAGCAGAUGUGCUUGUACAGAGGAGGAGGGUGAGGGCGAGUAUGCUUCGAACCAAUCCAGAUGCAGCUGUUUUGAGAGCUACAUCACAAAGACUACAGCGCAGAACAUAUCGCGUAGCUGGCCCAAACUCUCUCUGGCACCUAGACGGUUAUCACAAGCUCAUAAGGUGGCGGAUUGUGAUUCAUGGAUCGAUUGAUGGCUACAGUCGGCUUGUGGUUUUCCUUGUUGCAUCCAACAACAAUCGCAGCAGUACAGUCCUGCAACAUUUCAGCACAGCAGUCACCCAGUAUGGUGUGCCAUCACAAGUGCGUUGUGAUUAUGGUGGUGAGAACGUUGAUGUUUGUCUCUUCAUGAAUGUCUUCCAUGGAAUGGGCACCAGGAGUGUUUUAAGAGGUCAGAGUACACACAAUCAAAGAAUCGAGAGGUUUUGGGGUGAUCUUUGGUCUGGCAUGAUCAAUGUGUACCAUAGCCUCUUUACAUUUCUGGAGUCUGAGGGGAUCCUUGAUCCUGCAAAUGAACUGCACAUGUGGGCUUUGCAGUAUGUGUAUCUCCCGAGAAUAAACAGGGAUCUCAGAAGUUUCCGCCGUCGUUGGAAUAAUCAUGGCCUGCGCACUGAGGGAUUUAGUACUCCAAUACAGCUGUUUGUCCGAGCAUGCCUGCGGUUGCAGAACAGGCCCUUAAGAGCCAUUCAGGAUGUAUUUGAAGGACCUGUCAAUGCCCCACAACUUCAGGGUGAUGUUCUACCACAGGGGCCAGAACCAGCAAUGGCACAAGAAAUGGACACACCUGAGCACCAUAAUGCCGAUCCUCUAUGGAGAGAGGACAUUAAUGUCCCUGAAAGUCUGUUCAAUCUAAAUGAAGAUGAUGUUCAUCAACUCCAAUGCUUGGUGGAUCCUCUGGGUGUCUCCAGGGAUGGCAUGGCUGUUGACCUUCUUCAAAUGACAAUUAUGUUCCUGCAGUCUGUGGUUCAUCCAUAGACUGUUAAUAUUAUAGCUUUGUGACAUUUUUUUUUAGUAGUUCUGGUUGCGAGAAUUCAGAAAUGAGACAAAUCCAAGACCUACAAGGAGGAGAAGGAGGAGGCCCAACCCCGCCGCGCGUACGAUAAGGGUACGCUUGGGAUUCAUUGAAGAGGGGACAAAUCGUCAAGUUGCUCGAGAGAGCCAGGGUAUUGUAAAUCUGUAUGUGCCUUUGGACCAGACAGAGGAGGAGUUUGUCAGUGAAAUAAGGCGUGUUUUCCCAAUGCUUGGUGAUAGAACAUUCGAGCUUUGUCGGAUGGAUGCCCAUCAUAACAUCAUCAUCCUGAAUUUGCAUGGCAUCACACCACGUGACAUAAAAGAGUGCCUUGAAUUGAAUAGGUCUGCGGUUUACGUCAGAAUCAAGGCUGAGGACCAACCUACUUUUACUGUGCACAACCAGGCACCCUUACCUGUAACGCCAAAUUCCACUCCCUUUACCAGACAAAGACAGUCAGACUCUCUGUUACCUGACAACAGCCAUGUGCCCCCCACAGAAGAAAGACCAGUGUACCUGUCACCAGGAAGGAUACCCUUAAGCACUGCACAGCAAACUAGAAAUGGCUCAAGCAGAUUGUCAAGUCAGGUGUAUAAUGAUGUCAGUUGUGAGGAUUCAGACUGUGUGUUUGUGGAGGAAACACGACUGGCAGAGGCUAGAGGGCAAAAUCCAGAGGUGCCAUCUUUUGAACGGAGAGUGGAAACUAUAGAACAGACACGGACACUAAGGAGAAGCCAGGACAUAGAAUACCUGGAGGCCCUCAACAGAGACCAGCAAAGGGACCAGGAGAGGGCAACGCAGAGAUUGUCUUUGGAGCGUAGCGAGGAAGCUGCACAGUUGAUGGAAGAGAGGAGACUGAAUGCCUUAAUGGAAAGACGCAGUCGCCUGUGUCCUGAACCUUCAGAUGGCUUCAGAAUCCAGCUCAAAUACUGUGAUGGUUCCAUGAAGUCGAGGCGGUUCCUACCUACACAGUCAUUGCAGAUCCUUAUGGAUUACGCUGGCAAUGACAACUCGGCCAGUGAAAUAUUCUGGUUGAGCAUGCCAAGUGCAGGCACACGGCUAUCAAGCACUAUGACUGGAACUCUUGAAGAACAUAACUUGACUACACCUUGCACAUUAUUUGUUCAGUGGUUGGAAGGAGAUGAGGUGGAACAAAUCCUUUUCAACUCUCCAAAUCCUGAAUCCAACAUUGAUGAAUGGCCAGAGGAGGAACACAUUGGCCAAAUAGACUCAUCAGUAAACACCAAGCAACGUGCUAUAGAGAUACUCACGGAGCUCACCAACAAACUUAAUUUGGAGGAUCGACACACGUCUAAUAUGAUUAAUGCAUGCAGAGAUGACAUUUAUGGAUCUGCAAAACGUGCAUUCACUAGACGCCUGUUCGACCCAUAUAAGCCACUGGGAGUCGUGUUUAUGGAUCUUGGCAAUAACUCAGAAGGGGCAGUGGAUGAUGGUGGCCCAACAAGGGAAUUUUGUCGACUCCUAAUGAAGGAUAUACAGAACAGGUGCCUAUUUGAAGGGCCAGAUCAUUCAAAAUUACUGGCCCUGGAUAGUCAUGCCAUCUCAAAAGGGGAUUACAAAUUGCUUGGGAAAAUGAUCAGUAUCUGCCUGAUUCAUGGUGGUGUAGCACCCCACUUCUUUGCACCACGACUGUUCAGUCUGGUUGUGGGUGAGGCUACAGAAGAUGUGGACCUGACAGAAAUUGUUGAUGAGAUGUUCAGGAGCCAGCUGCAGAAGAUCCAAGAUGCCAUAACCAUCGAGGAGACCAGGGAGGCUUUAGAAGAGGCUUCAAACAGCCUUUCUCUCCUUGGGUCUUUAAACAUCCAGUGUCGGACUCUGGAAGACAGGGAGACAGUCGUCCAGUGUGCAGCAAAGUUCUACCUGGAGGGGCGACUUAAUGCUGCAAUGGAACAGUUUGUGGAUGGUCUGGGCUGUCUAGGGUUGCAUGCUGCAAUGAAGGCUAAUCCGAUACAUAUCAGGUAUCUGUUCCUGGCCAAAGAGGACCUGCUGACUGCCAAGGACCUUAUUGACAUAUUCAGCCCACUCUUCGCAGAGGAGGGAAGCAAUCACAGGCACACUGAAAUAAGAACAUAUGCUUGGUUCCGUGACUUUUUGAUAGAUGUGGAAGGUGGAGAAAUGCAAGUGGAGCAAAGUAAAUGCCUCACUCUGCAGGAGGUUCUUGCUUUUACUUCUGGGCUGGAGGAGUUGCCCCCACUGGGGUUCAAAAACCAGCCAAUAAUUGAAUUUAUGCAUACUGACCGCAAAUUCCCUGAAGCCAAUACAUGUGAUGUAGUCCUCCGCCUACCAGUGCACAGAAGUUAUGAGGAGUUCUGCAACCACAUGUGCAGUGGGAUAUUGCAGGCCACAGAAUUUGGAAUGGCAUAAAAGUCAUGUUCUUGGUGUUGUUUUGUUUGUUCUAUCAGAUUCUAAUCAAACUGAAGUCAUUCAAAUAAAGAAGUA